AUUAAAAGAAGUAGGUAUCUACUACCUAUAAAUCAAUCACGUCUGUGGGACAGACUAUUGACAAUGACGCAAUGUAACUUUUUCUAGGUUCAAGAUGUACUAGAUGCGCUGGACCAUUCUGACUGACAGCUCAGUGCUGUAUUCAGUAUUUUUGGCCAAAAUUAAGUCAUAUGGCAAAACCAUCAGCACAGGGAAUCUUAUAAGACACUUAAGAGACUCUCACAAUAUAAGGGAGGACAAAACUGAGUCAACAAGACUUAUAAACGACUUUUUUACCCCCACCCCACGCCCUCGAGCAAGAGCCACAGUUGCUUCCAGUUCAACAAUGAAUAUGGUUACUAAAAAAGAUAAAUGGAUUCUUGCAAGAGAUUUAGCACUUUGGUUUUGCACCUCACUCAUGCCAUUUGACUCUGUUUCGGAUGAAGGGAUGAUCGAUUUCUUUAAGAAAUAUAACAUAAUUGUCUCUGAUGAAGACAUGCCAUCAAGAUACACUGUUGGUCGAGGUGCGCUAGAUGACGUAUAUGAAACUAUGCUUGCGACUGUGAAAACCCAAAUAUUAACAGGAACUCCACGACAUGUCUCUAUUACGUUUGAUUUGUGGACGGACCAGUAUCGAAGACUCAACUAUAUUACAUUCACGCUUCAUUUCAUUACUGCUGAUUACGAGCUCAAAAGUUUUACACUCAGUACUCAACUAGUCCAAGGAAAAAAGACAGGAGAAAAGAUUCAAGGACUGAUAAAUACUACAGUAUCAGAAUUUGGGUUGUGUGAUAAAGAGUUGCAUACGGUAACAGACGCAGGAUCAAACGUUAAGCGUGCCAUUUCGCUGUCUGGUCUUGACAGCCAUCUAUGUUUGGGGCAUGGUUUACAUAACCUGGUCAUUGCUGAUGGGAUUAAAAAUGUCCCUUCUUUGAAAGAGUUGAUAAAGAAGGUUAAAAAGAUUGUAAAAGCCAUAAGGUAUCGCUUGCCCGAAUUGGAGAAGGAAGCGGAAAAAGAGCAAAUGGAGUUUUUACAACAAAUCGAAAAUGUUUCAGAAGUUCUGGAAAAUGACGAAAAUGAACCAAUUGGUGAUGACGACGAUGAAGUUUCACAAAACUCUCAAAUAUUCAACGACGAGUUUGGCAAUUUAAACCAAUUGCCAAGCAUUAAAACCGCAACGCCCACCCGUUGGCAUAGUGUGCUUAGUAUGUUGGAGAGUUUGGCGCAUUGUUGCAAUAGGAAACCAGUAAAUUCUAUUCUCACUAGGAUUGGCAAGGAAGAUUUGAAACUGGUACAAACCGAUUGGAACCUGCUGGAAGACCUCAUCAGAUUUCUUCGGAAAUUUCGCGAAGCGGUUGAAGUUUUAUGUGCGCAAAAAAACGAACACCACAUGACGAGACGAGUGAUGGAUAUAGACGAGGGCAAGAGAGGCAGAGGCCACCCGCCAACCAACUGGACUAGAACCAUCUCCAAGGACAUGACGGAGCUAGGCCUAACGCCAGCAAUGACUAAAGAUCGCAACAAGUGGCGAUCAUGUAUCAGGAGGGCUGACCCCAAAUAG